GUUCACCAACCCAAAUACCCAACAAAAUGACACACCCUUACACCACUCUCACAUCACCUUCCCCUCUCUCUUUCUCUCUCUAGACAUCCUCAUCACUCCAUUGUUACCUCCUCAAACAAUCUACCUGUCGGCUGCAUUUAUUAGUCAAGAAAUCUCGUUGAUCAUCACACAUUUUUAGUCUACAAUAUUUUUUAAUUCCAGAUCCCAGAAAUUUAAAUUCAAAGCUUUAAAUCAUGUUUCUUUGGGAUUGGUUUUCUGGGAUCUUAGCUUCUCUUGGGUUAUGGCAGAAAGAGGCGAAGAUCUUGUUCUUAGGCCUUGAUAAUGCCGGCAAAACUACCCUUCUUCAUAUGCUCAAAGAUGAGAGGUUGGUUCAACAUCAGCCAACUCAGCAUCCGACAUCGGAAGAGUUGAGCAUUGGGAAAAUCAAGUUCAAGGCUUUUGAUUUGGGAGGUCAUCAGAUUGCUCGUCGAGUUUGGAAGGAUUACUAUGCCAAGGUGGAUGCCGUGGUGUACCUAGUCGAUGCAUUCGAUAAAGAGAGGUUUUCCGAGUCAAAGAAAGAACUUGAUUCCCUACUAUCCGACGAAGCCUUGGCUAGCGUUCCGUUUCUCAUCCUCGGCAACAAGAUCGAUAUACCGUACGCCGCGUCAGAGGAGGAGCUUUGCUACCACCUCGGGCUUUCCAACUGUACAACCGGUAAAGGGAAAGUUAACCUCACGGACUCCAAUGUCCGACCUCUCGAGGUUUUCAUGUGUAGUAUCGUUCGCAAAAUGGGUUAUGGUGAAGGAUUCAAGUGGAUGUCUCAGUAUAUCAACUAGAUGAUGGGUUAAUUAUUUGGAUGAGCAAAGUUUUAAACCUUGUUAACAGGGAGGAUUAUGUAGGUUAAACGAGGUUAGAUGUUAUACAUCACCUUAUUUGAAAUUGUUUUUUUUUUUUUUUUUUGUUAAAUUAAGUGGCUGGAUUAAGAAAAUUACUGUCUUGGAUUUGCAUGGAACACAGCCAGUGAUUUUUUUUGUAACAUGCAGUCAAUUCAGAGUUUUUUUUGUU